UCCUUCCUCACUUUCUCGCUCCUGAAAGUGCGAGAAAAUUAGAGGGAAAGUGAAGGAAAGCCACAGAUAAGAAAGCAUAUCAAGUUUGUCUUCCCGUUGGAAGAAUUUUAUAUAUAUAUAUAUAUAUUUAUAUACACACACACGCGGGUUAUUCGCUCUCUUCUUGUUUCUUGAUCAAAUUGGAGUUCUGUCUGGUCCGUUCACCGAUCGCAGCCACCAGCCAUGUCGUUCAGAUUCAGAGGGCCAAAUGCCUCUUCCGGCAUGGGCGUGGCGGAUCACAGCAAGAACACGUUUCUGGAGCUGAAGAGGAAGAAGAUCCAUCGCUACGUGAUCUUCAAAAUCGAUGAGAACAAGAAGGAAGUUGUGGUGGAGAAGACCGGCGGUCCGGCCGAGAGUUACGACGACUUCGCCGCUGCUUUGCCGGAGGACGAUUGCCGAUACGCGGUCUAUGAUUUCGACUUCGUGACUUCCGAGAACUGUCGGAAGAGCAAGAUUUUCUUCAUUGCAUGGUCUCCAGCGAUCUCCCGGAUUCGGGCCAAGAUGUUGUACGCGACGUCGAAAGACAGGAUUAAACGAGAGCUUGAUGGCAUCCAUUACGAGAUUCAGGCCACCGAUCCUACAGAGAUGGAUCUUGAAGUUCUCAGAGAUCGUGCUCGCUGAUUAGGCGAUUGAAGUUCAAGAUCUCUUGGAUUUGAGAAGAAGAGAUGAACAAAGUUCAAAGCUUUUUUAAUUUGCGAAGUUAUGGAUGAUGGCUUCCGGUUUGUUUAAGCCAUCAACAAGAGAACCAAGGAAGCCGAGAAGCAGCUGUGGCCUAAUAUGUUUUACUUGUUAUCUGGUUGUUGCUUCUGUUGUAUUUGUACUCUCAAAAACACUUUUAGACUUCUUUGCUUAAUCAAAUAAAAUGCGAGGAACCAAGAGAAAAUCCCUCUGAAUUUGGAGGGAAAAUGAA